CUUCUACAGAGAGGUUUAUCUCAUCUCUCUGAUGACUCCUUCCACAAGGCGGUCCAAGUCAAACAGGCCGUCAAGGAAGAUCUCCGCCACCAGCUCAUGCAUACCACCUGGCGACUCGAACGUAAUAGAAGGGAAAAAUCUUUCCUGAAAUCCCUCCAGCGAGAGCAGGAGGGUGAUUUCAAGAUGGCGGAGACCGAAAUGGAAAUAUUCAGGGGUUUCAUUACUGCUCGGGGGCUCCCGGCUUUGGAAGACAAUAAAGACUACCUUGAGGCAGUCUUUUCAGAGUAA